CAUCGAGCGGGCUGCCACAUACCUUCAUCUUGCGACUACGCACGCACCUUCUCUGCUAUUGAUAUUGUGCGAGUAAACCUAGCUCAAGCAGAGAUAGAUGGCUGCCAAUACACCGACAACUGAUGCAACUGGAGGACAAUCAUCGAUGGACGAACGGAUCCUGAAAGCAGCCACCUUUGGUGUUUUCUGGGACAUUGAGGUGUUGGCUACAAAGAGUCCAAGCAUUCUUCUUGGAGUAACUCCGCAAGGGAACAACUGCCUCCACAUAUCCACCAUUCAUGGGCACGAAGAGUUCUGCUUGUAUGCGCUGGCACUAGAGCGUUCUCUCCUUGAAAAGGUCAACUGCGAGAACGAGACGCCGCUUGUCAUUGCUGUUUCACUUGGCCAUGCCUCUUUGGCUUCUAAAUUACUGCAGCAAUGCUGCAGAAGACCACGAUUGAGUCGAGCAAUCUUGCAACAAGACAGGUAUGGAUUUAACGCACUGCAUCAUGCUAUUCGCAAUGGCCACAAGCAACUUGCACUGGAUUUGAUAGCAGAAGAGUCUGCCCUGUCGAGAGCUGUGACCAAGUACACUGAGUCACCCAUGUUCAUCGCCGUGAUGAGGAAUUAUGUAGAUGUUUCUGAAAAGCUACUAGACGUUGAUGAUUCUUCUGAUGUUGGACAGUAUGAACGCCAUGCUCUUCAUGCUGCAGCGAGAAAUGGAAAUAAAGAGGCCGGGGAACCACCCCUUUUCCAAAAAAAAAAAAUUGGAGAGAGGUCAUUAAGUGGUGAUACCUUGACAUGCCUUCACAUAGCUGUAAAAAAUGGCCAUCUGGAGUUUGUCAAAUUUAUCUUGCAAACACGACAACUUCGGAAACUUAUUAACAUGCAAGACAAGGUUGGAAGAACCGCUCUACAUUAUGCAGUCGAGCAAUGUGAUCCUAGACUUGUUGCUGCUUUAUUAUCUCAUGAGAGUAUAGACCCAACAAUUCUGGACAACCGUGGGAAUUCAGCGGCUUCGCAAUUGUCGAGCAUCACAAUCGAUGACAAGACUUUGGACUGGAAGGAAGUGCAUGUUCUCAUGUCAAAAGCUGAUCCUAGUGAUGAUGACAUCUCCUUGUAUAAUCUUCGCAAGGGGGCCACGAAACAGGAGAGUAUUAAAUCAAGGAGACAGAGAGAGUCAAUGACCCAAAAAUACAGAAGCAACACAUCAUUGGUGGCAAUCCUCCUUGCAACAAUCACCUUUACUGCUGCUUUCACUCUACCCGGAGGAUAUAGCAGUGAUUCUGGAAAUGCGGGACUUCCCACCAUGUCUGGAAAGGUUACAUUUAUAGUGUUCUUGAUCUUUGACACCUUAGCAAUGUGCUCCUCAUUUGUUGUGGCCUUUAUAUGCCUCAUGGGAAAGUGGGAGGAUGAUAAGUUCACAACCUGUUUCAUCUUUGUAACUAAAAAGCUCACCUGGUUUGCAUACUUGGCAACAGUUACGGCUUUUUCAACUGGAUUGUACCCAGUGCUGGCCCCACGUCUCCAAUGGUUGGCGAUUCUGAUUUGCUCCCUGGUAGCUUUUUUCUUCACUCUUACUAUUUUCAUAGCAAAAUGGCCUUCCAUGAAGCUCAGUUUUCGGUUGGGUCAAACAUUGCCUUCCAUGAAGCUCAGUUUUCGGUUGGGUCAAACAUUGCCUUCCAUGAAGCUCAGUUUUCGAUAUGGCGCUCAAAUUUCUGCAAUGGUUUGACCUCCAAUUCCAAUUCCUGUGACAUGGUCUAACCUCCACAAUUCAUUUUAUGGUUAUGAUUUUAAAAUAUUUUACAAGUCAUAUCUAAUGAACAUUGUUGGAUAUUCAUA